UGUGAGGAAUCUCUCUGCUUCUGUCUCUCACAGAAGCUGCUAGUUGCAGGUUUUGUGACUGUUAAUGCCCACCAACAGCUCGUGGACGACAAUAAUCCAGCUGGACUGUUGAUUUGACAGUGAUGUUUAUUGAUUGUUUUACGAGGCUCGUAUUUGUGGAUGGCAGUUGAAAAUCUAUGAGAAGCUUUUUGCGAUGUGAAUCAAUUAAGGUCUGGAGGUGUGAGCUGGAAUUCGUUUGAGAUCAUGGAAGUAAUGAAGAAUCCGGGAGAUCAUUAGUGCUUAUUGGAGUUGGAGGAAAAGUCCAACUGUUUUUAUUGCUUUUGGCUGAAAGUCGGACGCGUGUGUUUUUUUCGGAUAACAAUAGGGGAAAGGGACCACUGUCCACGUCCAUUCGCACACGAUGGCUAAAAAUAAUAGUGUUUAUAAUCGCGAAUGAGAGCUGGAGAAUUUCUUCUCAAUUCUGCGACAAUCUGUGAUCUAGAUUUCAGCAGCGGGAUAAUCUGGAUCCUGCAGCGGCUCGGAUCAUCAACCCUUCGGAUCUGAGAGAUCGGUUUCACAGAUCGCCCAUCAUCAGCACUAAAGGGAGAAGAUGCCGUUCCACCAUGUGACGGCAGGACUGCUGUACAAGGGGAACUUUUUAAGUCGCUCACUGUCUGAACACAGCAAUAGCGAACAGCUCGCCAACAUCUCUGUGGAGGAACUAGAUGAGAUCCGGGAGGCGUUCAGAGUCCUGGAUCGGGAUGGCAACGGGUUCAUCUCGAAGCAGGAGCUUGGCAUGGCCAUGCGCUCUCUAGGGUACAUGCCCAGCGAAGUGGAGCUGGCAAUCAUCAUGCAGAGAUUGGACAUGGACGGUGAUGGACAGGUGGACUUCGAUGAGUUCAUGACGAUACUCGGACCUAAGCUCCUGUCCUCUGAAACACGGGAAGGCUUCCUCGGAAACACAAUAGACAGUAUAUUCUGGCAGUUUGACAUGCAGCGAAUAACACUGGAGGAGCUGAAGCACAUCCUUUUCCAUGCCUUCCGAGACCACCUGACGAUGAAGGACAUUGAGAACAUCAUCAUCAAUGAGGAGGAGAGUCUGAACGAGAACUCCGGCAACUGUCAGACAGAGUUUGAGGGAGUUCAUCCCAAAAAGAAGAACCGUCAGACGUGUGUGCGCAAGAGCCUGAUAUGCGCCUUCGCCAUGGCCUUCAUCAUCAGCGUCAUGCUCAUCGCGGCCAAUCAGAUGCUGCGCAACGGCAUGGAGUAGCGACACCACUGUGAGCGGGGCGGAGCCUGCAUGUGCAUGUCUGUCCAUGAAGUUUCUGGAAACUAACAAACAAAAACCAAACACCUCACUAAUGAAAAAAGAGGAGCUUUUUAUUCUUUUUUUAAUUCCUGUUCUCCCGUUACUUUUUUCAUGCGGACCAAGUGACAAGGGAAACGUACGGCCAGCCAAGCCAGCAUGUUCUACACGGGGUCUCAUCUCUCAGGCAGGGACUUUAAAGGGCUGACUUUCUGCUUUUCGUGCCACCUCUGUUCCCUAAUGCAAUAACAUGCAGGAGUUCAUAAGCACCUCUUAGACGAUGUGGCCAUCUCCUCCAUGCUUUUUUUUUUCAAGCAGGGAUUCACUGAUGAGCUUCUGCUGGGUUCGAGCCUGCUGUCGAUGUAGGAAGGCAAAAGUAAUUGGCAACUCAUUACACCUUUGUGGAGGGAGAGCUACAGCAUCCACUCCGGAGACUAUUUAUGUCUGCUCUUGCCAGAGUGCUUUUCUGGCUCUUUGGAUGGUGGGAGGCCGGGGAGGGAAGAAAGGAAGGAACGAGCGCUCGUCGUAGUUCUUAAUUAAAUCCAUAGUCAUCUGCUCCAAAAAAUCUAUGAGCCCGACUCAUAGUUUUAAUCAUUCUGAAUGUGUUUCUGCGCUUUGAUUGUGCGAUCUUCCUAUGUCUAAUGCUUUUUUUUCUGAAGUGGUUUGUAAAUGAGCACAGCAAUGCAACAGCGAGAAAAGUUUUGCACAAUCCCCACCAUUAUAUUAUAUUAUUUAUUCAGUCAUUCAUUUUCUUGUUGGCUUAGUCCCUUUAUUAAUCCGGGCUCGCCACAGCGGAAUGAACCACCAACUCAUCCAGCAUUUGUUUUACGCAGCGGAUGCCCUUCCAGCGCAACCCAUCACUGGGAAAUAUAU